AUGCCUGCCACCGCCGACAACGGCCAAGGCCUACACACCCAUGCUCGUGGUGGUCGAGGGGGCCACGGGCACGCCCACGCCCAUGCCCACCCCAACGCACAAGGCCGCACCACCACCGCCCAUGCACACGGCGCAGACUCAUCGUCGUCCGCCUUCACGUCGCAUUUGGGCGACCUCGAUCUCGACCUCGACCUCAACCUCAACCUUGACACCGCUUCCAGCGCGCGACCCCAACAGACUUCGCACAACCAACUCCUCCAAUCCUCUGCCUUUCCUCCUUUCGAGGACGCCGUCAUGGGUGCUUCCGGCGACACGCCCGAGCUGCUCCAGCAGGAGGAUCCUCUUGCGACGCAGGUGUGGAAGUUUUUCAGCAAGACGAAGCAGAGCUUACCAAACCAAGAGCGGAUGGAGAAUCUGACCUGGCGAAUGAUGGCUAUGAACAUGAAGAAGAAGCGGCAGGAGGAGGAAGCAUCCAGGGUUGUGCGCCAGUCUGCGACGGCGAACAACGCAGUUUCAAGCCACGGCAACGCACCGAGUGGAAUUGCCCAAUUGCGGAAAACGUCCGAGCAGAACUUGAACAACCCUGAGCCGAUGAACCUCGAUGACUUUAUCUUCUCCGAGAAUAUGGCGACGCCGGUCGAUUUCUCAUCCCCACAACUUCAGCCACCUGCCCCGCCGCCGCCUCGACACUCUCAUGAGUCUAGGUCUGCCGCACCAGGUCAACCGCAUUCUCUGCUCACCUCUGCCAUCAACAUCAAAACCCGCAAGGACGCCGCUGCGCACCAGCAAUUUGUCCCUCAGUCGGUGCCCUUCCCUCCCCAUCACCAAAGGGCCCAGGAUGAGUUCAAUUACGUCCCUCGGCACACACGUAAAACGAGCAUCGAUGAACGACGCACACGGAAGCGCCCCGCAAACUUCUCUCCUCAGGUGCCUGCUGUUAACAGUAACGUCGACGGCCUUACCACCAAUAUUCGCGCCGAUUCUGAGCUUCAUGAGUAUUCUCUGGACACCGCAGGCCAACCUGGAAUGCCGCAGGGCCCUAACCAACAGGGCAACCCUUUCCACCUCGAUGGCCUAUCCAUGGAUACUGAUAACAUCAUCACCUCUGCUGGGCCUUUCCAGCAAAACUUUAGCUUCUCACCAUCCACCUCUCCCAUGGUCUCGCACAACCACUUCUCCAACAUGUAUGGUGGCUCAUCUGUGCCCUCUUCAUCUCUCAACGCGGCGGACUUUUACUCGCCUCCGGGCUCCGCUUAUCCGUCUGCCGUUUCUACUCCUCAUCCUAUCCCCGACAAUGAUAGCUUUUACUUUGGAUCCUUGGAUAUGCGAACCCAAGGCCAGCAGUCCUUCCGAUCUGGGGCUCCCCAAGGGGUGAGCAACCAAAUGGGCUCACAAUUCAUGUACAACGGCGCACCCAACAACAGCUCCAUGUUCCCCGUCUCUACUGCCGGACCUGAUCCCCCGAGCGCCUUCAGCACCAAUGGCCCCAACUCGUUCGCGCAUAUCGACCCCACACAGGUCUUCCAGGGAGAUCAAUCUGGCCGAUCUCCUGGAGUGUCUAUCCCGAAUGAGAACAUGUUCUCGUUCGGUGCGGAUUCUGAUGACGAGGAUGGCGGUGCAUUCGCCGACAGAAACCUGUCGAUGCCUAGUGACUUUUCGCCUUCAGCAAUGGAUGACACCCACUCGCUCGGCUGGGAUCCAUCCCUGCCUGGCCAGUACAGCACCCAGGCUGCUCGAUACCCCGGCGGACCGCCCCGCAAGCAAGUCACCAUUGGUGGCACCACCACUGACUACGUCGACAACACAAGCGGUGAUUGGGACGGCGGUAACAUUUCACGAUCCCAUUCGCAAUCUUUCAAACAGGGGGGACUAGACAGGCGCGGCGGAAAGGUCCCGCGCAUUGCCUCGACCCCCGCCACUCAUCUCGCUCGCAACGGUAAUCCUUUCGAUCGCAUGGCACAAUCAACCCCCAAUUCUCCUCCUGAGGCUCCUGGUACGAGGUCUGGCUUCUCGUCCGUUGCCCCAAGCCGACCUUCAUCACCCCUUGGUUCAAAGCAAGGAUCCUCAACCAACCUGCAGGGAGCCGGAAGCAACGGGGACAGCAGCGCGCCGACCACAUGUACCAAUUGUUUCACUCAAACGACCCCUCUGUGGCGUCGCAACCCUGAGGGACAGCCACUCUGUAACGCCUGCGGUCUUUUCUUGAAGCUUCACGGCGUUGUACGACCACUCAGCUUGAAGACGGAUGUCAUCAAGAAAAGAAACCGUGGGUCUGGUGCCAGUCUCCCCGUGGGUGGUACCAGCACGCGAUCCAAAAAGAGCACGGCCUCCGGCCCCGUCUCGCGAAAGAACUCGACUUUGGCUAUAUCAUCUAUCCCAGGGAAUUCGCAGGUUACGACCCCACCUGCCGUGGUUCGCGCGGGAAGCGUGAAUAAUGAGGGCGAAAGCCCGGCGAGCGGGCCUGCUUCUGGUGGGAACACGGCCGGCAGCACACCUACUACUUUUGGUGCUGGUUCCUCCGUAGGUGCUGUUGGCGGGAAGGGCGUCAUUCCUAUCGCUGCAGCACCACCCAAGAACACUCCGGGCCCCGGUGCGGCGUCGAUGCCUCGCAACGGUGCUUCAUCAUCCGGCUCCUCCAAACGCCAACGUCGCCACAGCAAGAGCACAGGCAGCGACGGACUUGCCAGCAUGGACGUCGACAGCCCAGAGACUUCGACUGGUUCUCCCAACGAAGCUGCACGGUCAGUCCCAUCGGCUAGUCCUCUGAACACGAUGUCCGCAGCUGGCUCGCUGGGAAUGGCCAGUAGUUUUGGUAUGACCCAACGACCGCUAAUGGGUCACGGUGGCAUGUUAGGCAUGUCAGGCGCCAGUGGCCAAGGCCCCAUGAUGAACCCUGGAGGCCCCGCAUCAGGACCUCAAGAGUGGGAAUGGCUGACGAUGAGUCUCUGA